AGCUGCAGGCUCGCCUCCCGCAAGGGCGGUUGGGACAAGGCUGCCAGGCGGAAGCGGGAUGGGGCGUAGCGGCGCCGGACUCUGCGGCUUCGAUGCAAGGCAUGGGCUCCAGCGGCUGAUGAGCAGUGGCAUCUCACUGGUGGUGAUCGGCCACUUGAAUUUGGUGCUGGGUGCCAUUGUCCACGGCUCUGUUCUGCGCCACGUGGCCCGACCCAACCACACCAUCACUUCUGAGUAUGCCGUGGCCAACAUCAUUGCUGUGGUCUCUGGUUUUUUGAGCAUUGCUACAGGCAUUGUAGCUAUCCUGGUGUCUCGGAAUCUCUCCCACCGCCCUCUGUUUUGGGUCUUGCUUGUGGUCGCCCUGGCAAAUGCCUUAAUCUCGGGAGCCUGCUGUGUGGGACUGGCAGUCGCCAUCUCUCUCACCGUUGCCAAUGGUGGCCGCCACCUCCUUGCUGGAUGCAACAGUUCUGCCCUUCCAGCUGAGACACACAUCACGACCAACGAGUGCCCUUUUGACACCACCCGCAUCUAUGAUACGGCUCUGGUCCUUUGGCUCGCCUCCUUAGUGAUGGCAGCAGUGGAGGCUGGUCUCUCCGCCUGGUGCUGCGCAGCAUUGCUUUCCCUGCGUGGAAUUGGUCCCUGCGCUGCUUCCUACAAAGUGGUCUUGGUAAGAGAGUCCUCUGGCUCCCCUUUUGAGCUCCAGGAGCCAACUCCACAGAAAGAGGCUGCAGAGGAAGGCUGUGGAGGCGAGCCUCAUCACCAGCUGCUGCUUGAAGUGGCCAAAAGACCCUCCUAGGAAGGAGAAGUGGGCUCAGGGAAAGACCAGCAGCACCCUACCCAGGGGGGUUCUUCCGCCAAACUGGAGAAGAACUUUGAAGGACAACAAGGUUCCCGGGAGCUGUCUUGCAAAAACCAGAAGAGACACUAUGAAGCCAGUUUACCAGGGCCGACCCACCCACAGCCCAGCCACUCACAGAUGAGACAGAUUCCCAGAGCACAUCCCUGCACACUUCUAGAGCACAGGUGUCAAACAGAAGGCCCAGGGGCUGGAAGUGGCCUGUCCAGGGCUCUUAUG